AUGGCUCAGGGGGCUUCAUGGGGACGCCGCUACCUCCGUGCCUUUGUGAGCGGUUUCUUUGUGGCCGUACCCGUCACAGUCACCAUCCUGGAUCGCUUGGCGUACGUGGCCAGGGUGGAAGGCGCAUCCAUGCAGCCGUUCCUGAACCCGGAAGGAGCGUCAGAGUGUGACGUGGUUCUGCUGAAUCGCUGGAGUGUCAGGAAGUACCACGUUCAGAGAGGGGACAUUGUGUCUGUCAUGUCUCCAAGGAAUCCUGAGCAGAAGAUCAUCAAGCGUGUCAUCGGCCUGGAGGGUGACUUCAUUAGGUAG